GCUCACGUUCGCGAUAGAUGAUGAAAUGAAAAAGCAAAUGGCUACUGCAAUCCGACGUACUAAAAUUCCUAAUAAAAAGAAUCCGAUGUAAUUCGAUGAUAAAUGCGCUCUUUAUGAUCAUGAUUAGCAAAAUAAGGCUCUAAAGCUACUAAAGAACUAAGAUAUAAUAAUAUUCCAGGCUUAAAACUUGCCUAAACUAGGAAAAAUACAAAGAUAUUAAAUCCUAUCAAGUACUAUUUAGGAAUUUCGCUAAUAUAUUGUUUUGUGUGUGAAGCUGAUUCACGUCCGUUUAUGUUUAGUUGAUGUAAUGUGAAGUUGUUGCCCGGGCGGAGCGCCGCCCCACGGCCAUGGAGCGGUACGAGAAGAGGCACAGCAAACACCACAAGGAGAAGCACAAAAAGCGAUUGCACAAAAAGCACAGGAGCUCUAGCGGUACCCAUGACCAAUCUUAUGCAACAGCUAACUCUCACAAGCCGCUGGUGGAGUACUCGGAUGUCAGCUCCGAGGCUCUGUCGGCCCCGGAGGCCGGCGAGAUCGAGAGCGAGGCGAGCUCCAUCAGCCGGCACAUCGCCGACGACCUCGACCGGACGAGGAAGUCCCACUCGAUACGCACAUUUGUCGACGACAAGACGAUAUCGGUCACGACGACGAGCCGACGCAUUGUAGACGAGUACGCUCUUACCCGUGAUUCUUCUUCGGCAGCAUCUAAGAAGAGGCGCGGCUUAGACUUUGUGGAAACGGAGUUGGAGCUAGAAGAUCAACGGUUUAAGAAGAAGAAGGAUAAGCGGAAGAAGGACAAAAGAAAGAAAAAGAAGAAAAGCAAGCACCGGUCGAGAUCUGCUAGCUUAGAAAGUGUGUCUCCGGAUGAUAACUUGCCUACCGCUACGCCUGGGAGGCCACCAAGUCCUCAGAGAUAUGCUCAAGUGCCUGUGAGCGAAUGGGAAAAGGCCUCAUCUCCGUUGCAAAAUGGUUCUUGCUCACCGGUAUCUCCAUCAACACCGCCGCCACUGGUCAGAGAAGUUCGUCGAGAUCCAUCGCCAAGGCUGCGCCCUCCGAUCAUUGCAGAACCCUUGCAUCCAUUGCCUUACUCUCCUAGAGAGAGAUCUCCACUAAUGAGGAGAAGACAGAAAUCAACCACACCUCAUACGCCGGUGGCGCCCCCGUACCACGAAACCGUGACGAUAGACUCGGGAGACGAACAGGAGUAUGAACACAGACGGGAUUACUGGCCUGAACACAGGCCCCAGUCACCCAUCAUGAUCAUUUCUGAUUCCCCUGAACGAGCGAUAUCACGAGGCCGCGGCGACUACAGCCCGAGACGGCAUCGGCGCCGCUCGCGGGGCUCGCCGCGUCGCCGGCACCGCAGCCGGGAUAGAGACCGCCACCGGGACAUCAGGGGCUCCGGCAGGCGGUCCCCGUCACGCACAUCGCUAAAACGCCGACGCUCGUUAUCGCGCGGCCGGCGGCGCGGUUCAUCACCUUCUCCGCCGAGACACCGAGUGCGGCAUCGCGAGCCUUCGCGGGAUCGACACAGGCCCAAGCAUGACUCCCCGAGUCCACCGUCAGUCCUGCAGCGCAGGAUAGACUUCAAAGAGAAGAUCAGUGAUACGAGCUUGUUCGCUGAACUCGUUAAGGAUAAACAUAAGAGGGCUAAGAAACUACAAGAGAUCCUAGACCAAAAGGAGGAAGAAUCCCAGGGCGCCAUAUCAACAAGCACCUCCAUCAACAACCCUGAAGUCCUCACCAUCGACGAGCUCUCCAACGCGACCUCUGACAGCGCCUCGCAGCUCAAGGAGAACGGCGAGGCCCCGGCCCCUGUGCCGGCGCCGACGAGCGAGAGGGAGGUAGCGGCCAUCCCGCUCCCGGGCGCCGCGCCGCCGCCGAUGCUGCCGCCGCCCGAGUUUGGCGCUCUGGCCGCUGUUGACACUGAGGACACUGUCAAGAGCAACGGAGAAGAGGUGAAACAGCCCACCCCGCCGGCCCCGACCCCGGUGGCAGCCCCGACGCCGGCGCUCCCUCCCCUCCCCAAAGUGGGGGGUAGCGUGGUAGACGGCGUCUACUUCAACAGCCAGCAGCCGCCGCCGCCCAAGCCCAAGAGUCUCGUCAAGCUGCCCAUGCCGCCCAACACUCAGGUCGACGACCUAAAGACGCUCGCGAACGAGAGUCCACUCAGCACGCCGUCGCCGAGCCCCGUCAAGAAGCCCGAGAAACCUAAGAAGACUGGAAUCAUGAACUUGCCAAUGCCACCUGUGAUCCCGGGGUCGGAGGAGCUGAGCGGCGACGAGCUAGACGGCAGCACGCCGCCGCCGGCCGCCAGCGACCACUACUCACACGUCUUCAACUCCAGAAAGGGCAAGGAGAAUUCGCUGUCGAAACUAAAGAGGCCUCGGAUCUUGAAACGGCGCGGGUCCAAGGUGGUGCCCGUUGCCACGCCCACGCACCACGCCAAGGACUGGGGCGAGAAGUGUGUCGACGGUUUCCAGGUGAUAACCCAAAUCGGCGAAGGCACCUACGGGCAAGUGUACAAAGCGCGCGACAAGAACACCAACCAGCUGGUCGCGCUCAAGAAGGUCCGCCUCGAGAAUGAGAAGGAAGGUUUCCCCAUCACCGCCGUGCGAGAAAUCAAGAUUCUUCGCCAGCUGAACCAUAAGAACAUCGUCAAUCUGAGGGAGAUUGUCACGGACAAACAGGACGCCUUGGACUUUAGGAAGGACAAAGGCUCAUUCUACCUAGUAUUCGAAUACAUGGACCACGACUUGAUGGGUCUGCUGGAGUCCAAAAUGGUGGACUUCACCGAGUCGCACAACGCGAGCAUCAUGCGCCAGCUGCUCGACGGGCUCGCGUACUGCCACAGGAAGAAUUUCCUGCACAGGGAUAUCAAGUGCAGCAAUAUACUUAUGAACAAUAAAGGCGAAGUGAAGCUCGGAGACUUCGGUCUGGCGCGGCUGUGGUCGGCCGAGGACCGCGCUCGGCCGUACACCAACAAGGUGAUCACGCUGUGGUACCGCCCGCCCGAGCUGCUGCUGGGCGAGGAGCGUUACGGACCCGCCGUCGACGUGUGGUCCAUGGGCUGCAUCCUGGGCGAGCUGUUCCUGAAGCAUCCCGUCUUCCAGGCGAACGUGGAAAUGAUGCAGCUGGAGAUGAUCUCCCGCGUGUGCGGCACGCCGGUGCCCGGCGUGUGGCCCAACGUGGUCAACCUGCCGCUCUGGCACACGCUGCGGCCCAAGCGCUUCCACAAGCGCUGCGUGCGCGACCACUUCGCCUUCAUGCCCGCACACGCCCUGUCGCUGCUGGAUAGGAUGCUGGAGUUGGACCCAGAUAAGCGAGUCACGGCAGAAGACGCGCUUAAGAGUCCGUGGUUGAAGAAUGUGGUUCCAGACCAGAUGCCGGGACCGUCCCUCCCGACAUGGCAGGACUGCCACGAGCUGUGGUCGAAGCAGCGGCGGCGGCAGCAGCGCGAGCACGAACAGAAGCCGAAGCCCUACGGCGAGGAGGCCAAGGAGGCCUUCAAGCAGGACUCCUCCAACCAGUCCGACGCCUCCUUCAAGAGCGAGCCCUACAAGGAGCUCCCGCCGCCCCAGCCGCAGGCCCAGCCCGACACCGCGCCGCCCGUCAAAUAGUACACGGAGUACUACUACGGACAUUAUGGUUAGGGUAAUGGUGCUGUGUUACAGAUCUUGACCGAGCAUGAUGUACAUCUGUUUAGAGCUGUUGCGUAAAGUAACAUAUAAAGAACGCACGGUCCCUAAUAUCUGUCAAUUAUAAUUUUUCAGCGAGAAAUUAAAAUACAAAAACUAUACUUGGUCAAGCAAAUCUUCUCAUUUGAAAAAGGCGGCAAAUUUGAAAAAUCGCGGGUUAGCAACGCUACGUUUGAAUUGUUCGAAAAUCGCGUGUCAUUUAUAUCUUAUCUGUGGAACUGUUUUGUUUAUGUUCGAUGUAAAUUGCUGGUUUUUGUUCGUUUCCUAGGGAUACCAUACUUUAGUUUGCUUUACAUUGCUACUGACAUAUCCGGUUUGACAGACUAUAUAUAGUUUUUGUAUUUUAGUUUCUUACUUAAAAAAUAUAAUAUACAGAUAUUAGGGCCUUGUGACUCUUAACCGCGAACUAACAGUAUGCGUUUUAUUGACCGCAAUUGCUUCAGGACCCUUACGGGUUUAUAAUAAUUAAGGAUAUUGUCAUGCCCGGUUGAGGAUUUAAUUUGUGAUGGUGUCUAGUGGUUCUGAAUUGUGGAUUUUGAAGGUUCGGUCUGUAGUGGUUGAUGCAUUUGUGUUCAUACGGUAGAACCGUUUGUGCCUGUCGGCAUCUACAUGACUCUAGUUAAAUCGGUCCCAAUGUAUAUUCAAAAUUAUAAUCGAGAACCAAAAUUCUUUAAUAAAAUUUAACCAAAGUAUAAGUUCUGGAGAGAGCUAUGUAUAAAUGUCGCAAAUUGUGCAUAAAUAUGUAAAUACUGUCUCGGAGUAUAUGAUUUUCAAAGUAUGAACAUUUUUGUUCUUUUACCCUUAACUUGUAGUACGAGAAAUUUACAUGUAUAAAUCGAUGAAUAUAUCAGUUAAAAAGACGUAUUAAUAUAAUUCUGUGAUUGUUUUUAAUGACCGAUAUCGGAAUUGACCUAUUUACGCCACGAGUCUGGGUAUCGUGUAAUCCUUCGUUAGUUUUAAUUUAGAAUAAUAAUAAAGGUCCUUAUUAUAAUAAAUUAGUUUUAUUUUUGUUACAAAGGACCCUGGACCCAAAUGUAGUACGCAUUUAUAAUAUAUAUAAGUAUGUAAGUAAUAUGUAUAUUACGGCGUGUCUACACGCGAAUUUCUAGGUAUACAGAUUAUGUAAAACAAUAAUAUUACUGUUAAUAGGAUAAAGCCUCAGAUUACUGUACAUUUAACGAAUUUGGCGAGUCACUUUAUGUAUUAUUUUUAUAAGAACAUGUAAAUAGUUGCUUGAGUAGGUAUCGUAUUUAGUUGCUAUAACGAUGUUUCAGUUCCAUUCGUAUAAGAAUCUUCCAUGAAUUGCGCGAUUUCAAUGAAUUAUUGUUGUGAAGGGUAACUAGAUAAAAAGUUUCUUAGUAUCCCUUGAAAAAAUAUCGCAUACAGAUGUAGUGCUUGUUUUCCAUCGUGUUUUCUCGGAAACGUUCGUAUUUGUUAUGCUACUUCAGUCAACCUGACCCGAGACUGACUGAAAUAGCAAGACACGUUCGUGCGAUCCGUGAAAAUACGAUGGAAAAUAAUUAUGCACUACAUCUGUAGUUGACUAUUUCUUUGUUAUUGUUUUGAUAGAAAUUGUGCUUGCAUUUUGGCAAUUUGACACUUUCAUCGCGUGCUUGACUUUGACUGUGUUGUAUAUUUUCGUAUGAAGUCAAUUUUGCUGUAGGACGCGUUAUUGAAGAUGUGGUAGGCUGAUUCUAGAGUUGCGUUCAGAUGCAUUAUUUUACAUUAAUUUACAGGGCGUCCCAAAACUAUGGGACAUCAAGGGAAAGUACCUUAAAUAUCGUAGAUAGGAUAUUUUGCUGAAAAAAGACGUUAUUUUAAUUCAAAAAACAAUUUAAACUGCAUUCAUAGAUUUUUAAAUAAUUACAUGGUUGAACCGGGAAUCGAACCCGCUAUACGAGAAAAAGAAUCAUCCUGUAGUUUUAUCAUACCGAUCGAAAGGAUUCAUCAUAAGGAUUAUUUUUUGCUAAAUAACAUAGUGUCAGAAAUAAAAGGAAGUUCAAAUUCGCAAACCGUUUAUUCAUUAGACUUAAGUAGUAGGUAUGACAAUAAACAGUUAUAUCGCGCUCUAAAAUCAGCCUAACACUUGAAAAUAAUACUUGUACUAUAUAGCUGUAAGAUAUGCCCUAUUUUAAAUAAUCCGGAGUUUGGGAGAAACACAUCAGUGUUGUUUUAUACCUGUUAUGAGCGAGUUUUAAUUAUUUAUGAAUGCAGCGUUAGUUUACUGAAAUACCUACUAUACUCUGGCAGAUCCAAUUUGUCAGUAGAAAAAGGCGUGAAAUUCAAAUUUUCUGUGGGACGACAAAGUUUCGCGCCUACAUUUUUUUAAAUUUGACGUUUUUCUACUGACUGAAAUGGCUUGCCAAACUGUUCAGAGCAAUACUUUCACGUUUACUUAUUUAAUGGAAAUAUACGUAAGAGUGGGGUAUGUUUUGUAGCUGAAAUCUGCACAUAUUUUUUUUUUACUACGCAGGCUCCAAAUGAUACCUACCACCCCACACUAGCGUCUUUUAAGCGUCGGCGUCUAGUCAGCGCUACGGAGAAUGACUUCGCUGCGUAGUUGCGUCAACGUUGAGUCCAGCAGCAGCCAUAGAAUUGACGCCGACGCUCGGAAGGCGCUAGUGUGGGGUGGCCCUAAUCCUUAUUUUUGAGUACUUUGUUUGGCUUUUUUGAUGCUUACCUUGUUGUAGUUGUAAUCUUUUGAAGAGAUCCGAGCCAGUUAUUCCCCUUAGGGUCGGUUGCACCAAACUGUUUGUCAUCGUUAAAGAGUUUGCUAAAUUUUAUUGUGCGGAAAGUUUCAUAGUAAACCCCCGCGACGCGCCGGGUGACGCUGACGUUGAUCAGUCUAUCAAAUGCGCAUGGUGCAACUGGCAUCAUGGAGUAUAAGGGCCGAUUUAGACGGCGCGCGAACUCGCAUGCGAUUUUAGUUACAUUGCGGACUGUUGGUUACGUCCAAUUCAACCGACCGAUCAAAACCCGCAAUGUAAUGAAACUCGCAUGCGAGUUCUAACAUCGUCUACGAGCCCUAAGUAAAAAGAGUGGUAAUAAUAAUAACUCCAUACCUCAGUUUUCUUACCAAAACGCGCGUUAUUUCGUAGUGACAUCUAACGUCAAGUAGUGGAACUAUCAGUACUCCUACUUGACACCAGAUGUCACAAGUGUAGCUACUGACGAAAAAUUUACUACUAAAACAAUUUACAAGUAAUAUUAUAAGCAGAAGAGGUUGAAAAUAGACUUCCAGUUAGUCCGGUUAUAAUAUCAGCUGAAAAUUGUUGAGCAGUAGAGUUUUCGUUUGCAGAGACAUCUAUUGUCAACUAGCAGUACUGAUAAAUUCUGCUACAUGACGCUAGAUGUCGAUUAAGAAAUAACGCGCGUUUUGGGUUCCGUACCCGAAAGGUAAAACGGGACCCUAUUACUAAGACUCCGCUGUCCGUCCGUCUGUCACCAGGCUUUAUCUCACGAACCGUGAUAGCUAGACAGUUGAAAUUUUCACAGAUGAUGUAUUUUCUGUUACCGCUAUAACAACAAAUACUAAAAAGUACGGAACCCUCCGUGGGCGAAUCCGACUCGCACUUGUCGGGUUUUUUUUUUACUUAUUAUAUUACUCUAUGCUGGCACUUAUUGUUUUUAGUGUUCUUGAGAAAAUAGUAUACUAAUUUCUGGAAAUUAUGUGACGUUACCGAUGUUGUUUUCAUAAUUUUUCAAAUGUAUUUUGUAAGACUGAAAAUGAAAUUGUAAGGAUGUUUGUCACCGAAACUCUGGAUUGUUAACAUAAACUGUAAAAAUGUAACAUUUUUUUAAUAAAAUUGAAUGAAAUGUUUUA